CGUCACUAUGCUCGAAACCUAAACCACUUUUUGCGGCUGUGUUGUCUGAAGAAACUCUUCUCAGAUCCCAUUGACUACUAUUUUCUUGAAUAAUCUUGGUGGCAAUCGGUUUCAGUUUUCCUCAUAGAGUCUAUUUCCCCUUGAUAAUCUUCAGGUAAACUCUCAAUCCCCCUCCAUAACUUUCCUAUGGGUACUCGGCCGUAGUCAGUUUCUAAGGUGACUGUUCACCGUGAAUGGGUGACUGCCGUGACAUUGUAGCUGGCUUAUCCUCCGUUGAUGACAGAGUGAAAGUGCGUCGUAGGUCGAGUUCGAGUGUGGAUUCUAGCAUGUCUCUUAGAAAUGUGUCGUUAGAGGUGAAGCUCUUGCAGAACAACCCACCUUCAGUCUUUAGAGAGGAUGACGUUCUUAAGCUGAAGACAACUUACAACUUACCAAUGUCUGUGCACUUGAGGCUUCCUCUUCCCUCAGAAAGAGCAGCGAAUGCAAAGCGUGAUGAGGUCGUUGUUUAUGAGCUGUAUUUUGCAGCAGGCUUGCGUGAAGUGAUUCCAUCCCUUAUUGCAAAAGUGGCUAAGCGCUUUGCAAUUUCACCUGGCCAGUUCUACCCAUCAGCCUGGAGAUUUCUGACCGCUAUUCAAACUUUCUGGGAGUUGGAGUCUAUUACCAUAGGAGUAGAGGAGGUCUUGUGUGCGUAUUUCCUUUUACAAGUUGAAACUGACCCUGGAAGAUACUAUCUACACACGAGGAAUCAUCCACCUUUAGCAGUUGACUUUGAAGGACCUUCUAAAAGAACGCUUGAGGAAGGAUGGAGAGAAAGAUAUGUCUUUAUGAAAGUGGGUGAUAACCCUGGUUUUCCUACUUCCUGGUUUGUUGCAGGUGUCAAAUCCAAAGCCAAUUUAGCAUUUAGAGAUGGGGCUCUUGAAGUGGUAAAACAUUCGUUGCUUCACCGUUCAGUAGAGUUUCUUACCAGCAAAUUUGCUUUAGAGAACAGUACUAUUUGGGGUUUCAACAUGUCUAACGGUCAGCGGAGCUCCGCAUCAGAUGCUUUUGCAAAGUUCAUGGCAGCUUCUGGGAGAUUAGCAGAGGCUAAUCCUUCCUCAUCCGGAGAUGAAGUGCAGUUUCUGGGCGAUCUUCCCACGCACAAGCGUAGGACUCGUGAUGACACCGCAAAUUCGUCAGAGGCAAGGCGACUUAGGACUGUUCAGACCGUUGCAGUCCUAUCUCCUUCCUCUGAGUUAGUCUCCAGCUCCACUACUUCUAUGGCUGCUGAGGAAUUGAGAUGCAAGAUUCUCAAUCAUGACUUUGAGUCUCUGGUCGACAUUGGGACCAAUUCCACCACUGAUAGCGUCUAUACUGAUCUCCUCAAGGCAAUGUCUUCUUUCCAUCUCGUCGAUAAGAAGUUAUCUUCUGAACACCAAAUCAAUGAGAAUCUGAGGCGUGAACUGGACAAUGAGAAGUCAAGAACCAAUUUUGCUCACAAGACCAUUGCUGCGAAAAGCAAUGAAAUUUCUAGUCUUGAAGCGAAAGUGCAAGAACUUGAUCAGACCAUACUCAAUCUUCAGGCUUUAGGUUCGGAUCUAUUGAAGGAAAAGGAACUGCUUCACCAAGAGAUCAUGGUCCUCAGGAAACGAGUUGACGUUUUAAAGAAUGAGCUUGAGUUUUUCUUGAAUGGAGCAGCUAUCAUAGCUCGAUGGGAAGCCUUGCGGGAAUGCUUGUUGGAAGAGCACAAAAAAUGGAAGCUGGAUGAAGUGGAGGAACAGUACCGCACCGUGAUGCGGAGCCAAGCACUGUUUAAAGGAAUGCCUCCUCCUAUAUUCGAAGAAUCCCUCGCUUCGAUCCAAGCGCAGGAGCGGGCUAACUCGGCCAGGGCACUUCUGAUCCCACUCCCCCAUGACCAGCUCUACCUCUACUUGUUUAUGAGUUUUCUGUUUUGUGGAAAGUUGUCGAGCAUUGUUGUACUCUGGCUUUACGGUAAUUUAACAACGUAUGAACACCGCUAUAAUCAUGUCGAGUAGGAGAUUGUCUUCUAGUAUUGUAGACAUAUGUAGUGGAUGAUUGUUGCAUCUCGUAGAUCCCACUAGGUGUUAGUGCUUUCUGCCAUCUCUGUAUUUUUUGCUAUAUUAAUGUUUUACCUUAUUAUCGAUGAUCCAUAUUUCUAUUGUGACCU